GCAGUUUUCUCUCUCAUUCCAGUAGAGUUCUUCUCAUCCUUGCUUUCUUUCAGCAAAAUAAGAAACGUGUUGAAGUUCUUCUAACAAACAAAAAAAUAAAACUUAAAUUUGUAUAAUGAGUGAUGAUGAAGAAAGAAUUAACCAAAGGGCUCAUAAACAAUUGCUACAGGCAAUCAGCGGCUUGGGGAAAACUCAGCACAUACGUCAUUCAACUCGCAAUGAGCCCAAACAGCAACAGGACGAAUUCCAGUUAGUUAAAGGAGGUGCAAGUGUUCUUGAAAAGAAAUUACAUCCAGUAGCUGUCGGUGAUAUUGUGCAGAUACUUAAAGGCAACAAAAAGCAUGUAGAAGCCGGCAAAGAAUUAAAGAAUGUAGUGGCCACCAAGAAGGUGUUGAACAAGCCCUUAGAGAAACCAUCUGCUGAAAGAAUUAAACGUACCAUUGGCUAUGAAAAUGUGAAGAAAAAAUUAGCAAGAUGGGAUGCUGUAGUAGCUAAGAAUAGAACCGAAGAAACCCAAAUUUUUCCUUUGCGCUAUGAAAGGGUUUAUGUGGACACUUCUGCUAAGCGUACACUAAAUUUGAGUCUGAAAACAGAUUUGAUGCUACAAAUGGAGGAAACUGAAAACAAAUUAAAAGCGCUAAAACACCAAAAUGUAGGUGAUCUAGAAGAACAAGAGAAACAAGAACAAUUGCUAUUACAGAAGAAAUUAACACGUGAGGAAUUAACUGCCAAGCGAAAAGAACUAGCUUAUCUGAAGAUGAGAGAGUCUCAAAAGUCGGCUAAAGCCCGCCUUCAAAACAAAAUUAAAUCCAAGAAAUAUCAUAAACUCAUGAGACGUCAAAAAUUGCAGGAGCAAAUAAAACAAUUUGAAAUAUUGCAGAAAACCAAUCCCGAGGCAGCCUUAGAAAAACUGGAUGCCUUAGAAAAAUCAAGGGCAUUAGAAAGAGCAAGUUUACGGCACAAAAAUACAGGAUCUUGGGCAAAAAAUUUGCAAAUACGUGCUAAAUAUGAUAAAGAUGUACGUAAGGAUUUAUCUGAACAGUUGCAAAUGAGCAGGGAGCUAACUAAUAAAAAACAUGAUAUAAGCGAAGAUGAGGAAAAAGAGGAACACGAGAACGAAACGCCGAGCGAUACAGUGCAUGGAGAAGAAAAUGAUCCGUUUAAUCCGUGGAUGAAAGGAAACGGUAAAUCUAAAGAUUUGCAUAAAGAGGAAGAGCAAAAAACACAUUGGCGAAAAUAUUGGUUGGAACGUAAUGACAAUGCGAAAAUGCUCGAAGAAUAUAAGAAAUUACUAGAAAAUGAUCAAGAGAAGGAAGAUGUAGAGCAGGAGGUAGGGGAACCACCUUCUAACGAAAGUACCAAGAAAAUAAAGAAGGUCAAGCAAACUUCUAAAAAAUCAAAAAAGCCGAAGAGGACCGUUAAGCCUGCAGUCAUCGAAAAUGGUUGGCUUGUAGAAGAAGUAGACCCCACUACCGAAAUAUCUUUAGAUGAUAUCUUUGAUGCUGAGGAAGAUCGGAUUAAAGAAAGCCUCAGCAAAAGAUUGAAAAAUCUAUCUGAACAGUCGAAACGUAUGAGUAAACUAAAGUCGACACAAAAAAAGACAAAAAUACUUCCUGACGCUUUAAAGACACUAAAUGAUUUAACUUUUAGUACUAACAAUAAAAAACCAAUCAUUGAUGAAGAGUUGCAAACAGAAGACCACGAUGACAAGAACACAUUUUCUAAAAAAAUGGAAAAUUUAGGAAAGACACCAGCCGAAAAACAGAGCAAAGAAGUUGAAGUUCCCUCCGACUAUCCCACUAUAGAGGAUUCUAUAGAUCCAACUCAAGUAGCCACGAUAAAAUUGAAUCAACAUCUGAAAGACUUUAAUGUUAUCAAUGAAAUAAUUGACGAUCCGAAUAUGGAGGAAAGUGACAAAGAAGAUGCUAUUAAUCGUGAGCAACAAAUGACAAUAGCUGAGGCAUUUGAAGAUGAUGAUAUAAUAGCUGACUUUUCGAGAGAAAAAGCGGAAAAUUCAGCACUUAAGAAUACCGAUAUUGAGCUAACAAUGCCCGGUUGGGGUUCUUGGGCUGGUCCCGGUAUUUCCGAAGAACAAGCGACGAAGCGUAAUAAACGUUUAAUACUAAAAUUAGCGCCACCUGAGAAAAGACGUGACGAGAAUAAAAAUAACGUGUACAUUAACGAGGAGGCUAGUAAGCAUUUAAGAAGCCACUUGACAUCUGAUGUACCCUUCCCCUUCACGUCCUUGAAGGAUUAUGAGAACAGCAUUCGAGCCCCUGUAGGCCGCAAUUUUGUAACCGAAACGUCGUUCCGUUUACUCACUCGCCCGGCGGUUAUAACACGCAAAGGUCAAAUCAUAGAGCCAAUGGAUCGUAGCGAGUUGGUGAAAAGGCCACGCAAGCUUAGGAAUCCAGUCGAUAUAAGAAUUUCCAAAAUGUCGAAAUAAAACUAUUUUAAAGUUAUUGGUACACAGCGGCAAGAAAUUUGUUUUUAAUUCUAUUUUGUGAUUUCAUUUCGAAACAACAAUCAGCCUUAAAGUUUAAAGGAGAAGCUUUUUCAUCCGAAUCGAAUUACAUUCCAAUUUCAAUGAAUCAAUCGUAAAAUUACUACAAUUAUCAAUCAACGCUAUCGUUGAUUGUGUGAACUGAUAUCGCUGUUCAUAUCACCUACAGUUAACCACAAUUUGAUUGCAAUCUGUUCCAUGAUGUUCUCCAGUGAUGGCCGCGGUUUUACGCAAUUAAUGAGACUUACUCUUACCACAUUACUAGAAAAAGAUAAAUGCGACAAUAUCUACUUUUAAAAAAUUUCUUCUGUAUUGCUCACCUCAGAGUACUUUACUCAAGAAGACACGAAGCGACCAAUGAAAGACCACUGAUGGUUUCACUUAUUAUGUCUUUGGUUAAUGACAAUAAUAGGCCUAUAAGCAUCAAUUAUUUACACUUAACAAAUAAAUUCAGUUAAAAUAUAAAACAAUGAUCAGGAACAAUUAGAAUCUAUGUUAGCAACGGAAAAUAGAACAUAUUGUUAACUAAUUUUGUGAACACAACGUGAAGGAGCUGUAAGCAUCUGCCGCAAAUACUGCGAAGAAGGCCAAAGAAGAGUCCCAGGAUUCUAGGCAGGCUUGAUCUUGAGCAAGUUAAAAGAUUUCUUGAAAUAUGCUUACCGUAUAGUACGAUUUUUGCCAACGCAGUGCCUCUUAUGCUUUCCACGCCUUUGCUGCUUGAAUAUCUCGUUCCGCAUUUUUGUGCUUGCUACUGCUU